GGUUUUGGGGUUAGGGUUUUUGAGAGAUGUGGGAUGCUUCAGGCAUUGAUGAAUCUGCUCUCUCUUUGCUGGAGGCCAUUUGGGCGCGGCGACGGUGAGGGACUCAGCUCUGUUGGAAUCGUCGGCGCUGCGAAUAACGGAAGCGGCGGAGGAGGACGGGAUGGCAAAGAUAACUUGCUUUGGUUCCGAGAUUUUGGAAAGUACGCGUGGGGCGAUUUCUCUAUGGCGGUGGUCCAGGCCAAUCAGGUGCUCGAGGAUCAGAGCCAGAUCGAGUCUGGACCCUUUGGGACCUUCGUCGGCGUAUACGACGGACACGGCGGCCCGGAGACCGCUCGAUACGUUUGCGACAAUUUAUUCAGACAUUUCCAAGCAAUAUCAGCAGAGUCUGAAGGUGUUGUGACAGCGGAGACCAUUCAAAAUGCUUUUCUCCGAACAGAGGAAGGGUUUACCGCCCUCGUUUCGGAGCUGUGGGGUAAUAAACCCCAAGUAGCAACUGUUGGGUCAUGCUGUCUGGUUGGAGUUAUAUGUCAGGGGACCCUAUUUGUGGCAAACCUGGGAGAUUCCCGUUGUGUGUUGGGAAAGAAAGUGGGCAACACUGGCGAAGUUGCUGCAAUCCAGUUAUCCACUGAACACAAUGCAAAUCUCGAGGAGGUUAGGCAUGAGCUGAAAGAUUUGCACCCACAUGAUCCUCAAAUUGUCGUUUUAAAGCAUGGAGUUUGGAGAGUAAAAGGCAUUAUCCAGGUAUCUAAAUCUAUAGGUGACGUAUAUAUGAAACAUGCAAGGUUUAACAGGGAGCCGAUUAGUGCAAAGUUCAGACUUCCCGAACCAAUGACCAUGCCUAUCUUGUCUGCCGAACCAACCAUUCUUUCUCAUCCUCUCCAUCCAAAAGAUUCUUUUCUUAUAUUUGCUUCUGAUGGUCUAUGGGAACACUUGAGUAAUGAACAAGCUGUUGAAAUUGUCCACAAUCAUCCACAUGCGGGAAGUGCCAAGCGGCUUGUUAAGACGGCUCUCCAAGAAGCUGCAAGAAAAAGAGAGAUGCGAUAUUCAGAUCUUCGGAAAAUUGACAAGAAGGUCCGACGCCAUUUUCACGAUGAUAUAACCGUCAUUGUUUUAUUCUUAAACCAUGACCUAAUAUCCAGAGGGAGAGUGGAAGAGCCCCCGGUCUCAAUAAAAAGUGCCCGUGACCAAGGAUAAGUUUACGACAUCAAACAUGUCUCGGUUGCCUGCCGCUGAUUUUGAUACAUGCGUGAAUGAUCAUACUGCGCGAUAACAAACCACCGGGAUCCGGAGAUAAUGCUUGAUUUUGAGGAGGCUUUGAGAGUUAUAAUGUUAGAAGAGAUUACUGUAUUUACAGAGUCGUAUAAUUCUCCGUUAUGUCAUAUUUAAAAGCAUGUUGUAAUUUGUUGCCUCCCAGUCCCAGAUACAGAAUGCAAGAGCCGCCAUGUUUAUUUAUAUAUAUAUAUAUUUUUUCUUCAAAA